AUGAUAAUUAUCGGUGACAAUGGGAGGCCAAAUGAUUUUCCCGAUUCCAGAAUUCAUUGGAUAUUUGGUUGUUUUGGAACCUUAUCCGUUCUAGCAAAUAUAAUGUUUUUAUUUCUGCCGAAGCAUAAAUUAAAGAAUUGCAUUGAAUCGGUACAAAUGGCGAAUACUUUGAAAUCAUUUUUGAAUAGAAAAGUUUUAUUACUAUCAUUUUCAUGGAUUCAUCUCGGAAUUUUUACAAGCUUUUGGCUUGGACCAUUUCCAACGUCUUUAUUAUUUACUAAUUCAUUAAAUAAUGAGAAAAAUCUCAUACCGCUAUAUGCAUGUUCAUUGGCCAUUGGAGAAGUUAUUAUUGGUUUUAUUACAUCAUAUUUUGCGACCAAAAUUGAUGAUUUUGGUCAAUUGCCUACGGCAUUAAUUGGUUUUACAACGAAUAUAAUAUGUUUUUUAUUAGUGCUUAUAUCGAUUCCAUGUAAUUCUACGUUAUUUCCGAAUGAAGAAUCUGCAUUAUUAAUCGAACCAAAGUUAUUUUUUUUCUAUUAUAUAGCACUUUUUUGUGGUUUUUUAUUAGGAAUAGGUGAUGGAUGCUGGAAUACAGUGAGGUGCUGUAUUAUAACAGCAUUAAUGCCAAAAAGAAGGGCCUAUGGAUUUUGUAUUUCCAAACUUUUUCAGGUUGAUUUUUUUAUUUGA